AUUAACAAAUGCAACAGACACACUCACAUUAACGGUUUUUUAUAAAUCCAUUAUCCUGCCCGAUUAAAACAUAAACAUUGCAAAUAACAACAGAAUUAACAAAUAAUUACGGUACACAUAUCCUAAAAAUUAACCUUGUGUAACUGAUACGCUGUAAAGGGGGUAAAUUUUGAUCAUGAUUUUGAAUGGAAGUCAAUGACGGUCUCUGCCGGUUGGGUAUACCAAGAUGGCGGCUCGAACUCUGCGCUGGCUUCACCUCACGCAGUUACAUCAAGCGUUCUAUGCGCAAUCCAGUCAUUUAUAUAGAUCAGUGGUUUUUCCCAACAGCGCUGUAAAUGCUGACGGACGCGUGCGCGCGACUGUAAUCGAUUCGCUGUGACAUGUGACCGCGUAACCCGCUCACAUGAGCUUAAAGUUUGUAAAGUCCACCGAUCCGCAGCCCGCUGCUGAGCGCUGACACACGAGCCAUGGCGAGUGGCGACAGCGGACAGACUGUGGUUCUGAUCACCGGCUGCUCCUCUGGGAUCGGACUGCGAAUCGCCGUGCUGCUGGCCCGAGACGACCGGAAGCGUUACCAUGUUAUUGCCACUAUGAGAGACCUGAGAAAGAAAGACCGGCUGGUUGAGGCGGCGGGCGACGCAUAUGGAAAGACAUUGACGCUUUUGGCUUUGGAUGUGUGUAGUGAUGACUCUGUCAGACAGUGCGUCAACAGCGUGAAGGACCGACACAUUGACGUUCUCAUUAAUAACGCCGGAGUGGGUUUGCUGGGUCCUGUGGAGAGCAUCUCUGUCGAUGAGAUGAAGAAAGUAUUCGACACCAACUUCUUCGGUACCGUGCGCAUGAUAAAAGAGGUCAUGCCGGACAUGAAGAAGAGGCGGGGCGGCCACAUCAUCGUUAUGAGCAGCGUGAUGGGCCUGCAGGGUGUGGUUUUCAAUGACGUCUACACAGCCUCCAAGUUUGCCAUAGAGGGCUUCUGUGAGAGCCUGGCAGUGCAGCUGCUGAAGUUUAAUGUGAAACUGUCUCUGAUAGAGCCGGGACCAGUGCACACAGAGUUUGAGACGAAGAUGAUGGAAGACGUGGCCAAGAUGGAAUAUCCCGGAGCAGAUGAGGAAACGGUCCGAUACUUCAAGGAAGUUUACUUGCCAUCCUGUAUCGAUAUCUUUGGGGCAAUGGGCCAAACCCCUGAGGACAUUGCUAAAUGCACGAAGAAAGUAAUCGAGUCCAGUCGACCCCGCUUCCGCAAUCUGACCAACAGCCUCUACACACCCAUCGUGGCCAUGAAGUACGCCGAUGAGACCGGUGGACUUUCAGUGCACACCUUUUACAAUCUACUGUUUAACUUUGGCUCGCUUAUGCACUUUACCAUGAGCAUCCUUAAGUGCCUGACCUGCAGCUGCCUGCGCAGACGCACCAUUUCUCCUGACUGAAGAGGGAAGCAGUGAAACACACUUCCCUUUAGGCAUUGAUGAUACACUCCUAAAUAUAAAGGUGAUAAAAGAAAAAAUAUAGAUAUAACUUGUGUGCAACAGUUAAAGACUAUUUGUGCAACCAUACAGCUUGAUAUAGCACCUUUUAUUAAACUUUUUUUAAGAGUGUUAUCCUCAGUUCAUCUACAUUUAAAAAUGAGUUACUGUUAGAGAAUGUGACUUUGUUCUAAGUUAUUAUUGUGUGAAUUACAAAACACUGUUGCAUAUGCAAUAAAAAACUGCAACAUGCAAUCAAAUAGUAAAUCAAAUAUUUAGUUUUAACAGGCAAGAUUCAACUUAAAUGUCCGGUGCAUGUGAUGCUUGUGAUGUGACAAACAAUCUCAUAACUGCCUUUGUAUGUACUAAAGAUUUACAAAAGAGGUUUAUUAUAACCUUAAAGGAAUAGUUCACCCAAACAUAAUUAAUGUUUUAUAAAUGACGUCAUGUUAUUUUUUUUAUAUGUGGCUUUUUGGAGCUCGACAAUGUUGAGAACCAUAAUAAGACGAUAACAUGACUGCAUAUCUUUUUGGGAUAUUUGGGUUAACUAUUCUUUCAAAUGACUAUAUGAUGUUUUGUCUGUUUAAAAAUCAGUUUCUUUCCUUUUAUGUUGUUAUUAACUUAAACAUUUAGGUAGUUACAAAGCCAUAUUUGAAAAGAUGUAUUGGUGAUCCUAAAUAAUAAUGUUAUUUGAUCAGAUUGAUCCAACUUGAAAACGUAUAAAAGUGUAGUUAGAAGUUUUGCAUUCGUUUCAUGUCUUGUUUUAUUUAUGGCACUUCCUUUAUCCCAUUUGUACUCAGCUUUAAAUAGAGGAGAGGAUGAGCAACCCAAACACUAAAGCAAUAAAAACAAUGUGAAACUACGUUACUGCUGUGUCCUGAGGCGACACCGGAUACAAUCGAACUUACAAAUGUAACCAGCAGAGAGCAGCAGAGCAUUUUUGGUUCUAACUGCAAUGUUGCCAAGUCCACGGUUUUUCACAUAAUUGGGCUACUUUUAAACCAUUGCCGCAAGUUGUUUUUUUUUUUGUCUACAGGUUGAAGGUUGAAUAUUUUGCUGUCCAUCUUAAUGCAUGAUGAUCUUAUUUGGGGUUUCCCUGGACCACAAAACCAGUCAUAAGUAGCAUGGGUAUAUUUGCAGCACUAGACAAAAAUACAUUGUAUGGGUCAAUAUUAUAGAUUUUUUUUUUUUUGCUUAUAAUCAUUAGUAUAUUAUGUAAAGAUCAUGUUAAAUUAAGUUUUUUUGUACAUUUCCUACCGUAAAUGUAUUCAUUAUUAGUAAUAUGUGUUGCUAAGGACUUCAUUAGCACAACUUUAAAAGUUUUUCUCAAUAUUUUGAUAUUUUUUGCACCCUCAGAUUCCAGAUUUUUAAAUUGUUGUAUCUGUGCCAAAUAUUGUCCUAUCCUAACACACCA